CAGAAAGAUAAGCUGAUGUAAUAGGUCACGUGAUCGACUCUUGUAAAUACGGACCCAGAAGGAGUGUCGGGUAUCAGUGUCACACGACCACCCUCCAUCAACUACACCCUCUGGACCAACGACGUUACUUCAACAAGAACAAUCAACACCGAAGAUGGCGACACUUGUAAACGGUUCCGGCAUCAACGUCACCAACCUCGUUGUCGACAAUGCUGCAAAAACAUCGUCGCAGACAGGCACAUUCAAGGUGAAGGCCGGUAUGGCCCAGAUGGCGAAGGGCGGGAUCAUCAUGGACGUUACUACACCGGAAGAAGCCAGGAUCGCAGAGGAAGCGGGAGCAUGCGCAGUGAUGGCUUUAGAACGAGUUCCGGCCGAUAUUCGCCGCCAAGGUGGUGUUGCUCGAAUGACCGAUCCCAAGAUAAUUAAAGGGAUUAUCGCUGCCGUGACUAUUCCCGUCAUGGCCAAAACCCGAAUCGGCCACAUUGCCGAGGCACAGAUCCUGGAGUCGCUGGGUGUGGACAUGAUUGACGAGUCGGAAGUGCUGACGCCAGCUGACGAAGAAAACCACAUUGACAAACACCCGUUCAAGGUCCCCUUUGUGUGCGGGGCCAGGGAUCUGGGAGAGGCAUUGAGGAGGAUCUCUGAGGGUGCUGCAAUGAUCAGGACCAAGGGGGAGGCUGGGACAGGCGACGUGUCGGAGGCGGUACGACAUGCCCGAACUAUCAACAAGCAGGUCAAGAUAGCCCAGGCCCUUGACUCCACAGAACUCUUCGCAUAUGCCAAAGAACUUCGAGUUCCCUAUGAUCUUCUUAAGAAAACAGCGGAACUGGGACGACUUCCGGUUGUCAACUUUGCAGCAGGGGGCCUAGCUACUCCGGCUGACGUGUCGUUACUGAUGCAGCUGGGGGUCGACGGUGUGUUCGUGGGAUCAGGAAUAUUCAAGAGCUCCAAUCCUCCCCCUCGGGCACGUGCAAUGGCGCAGGCUGUCACCCACUUCCGGGAACCCGCAAAACUGGCGCAACUGAGUGAAGAUCUCGGGGAAGCCAUGUUUGGUAUUCCGGUCAACCAAAGGCAAUCCAAUAUGGCCGGCACGUCCGUUGAUAUGAAGUUCAAGGACAUGAAAAUCUGGGAUGCCACGUUAGGGAACCCUGCUAAGACCACUCACGCUUGAUCUUAUACACGAGAUCGUCAUGUGUUAUCCGAUAAUAUAAUUCACUGUUCAUUGAAUAGAAUUAAUAUUAAUUUAUCAUUAACAUUCAGCCAUCCAUUGUAAUUGAACAAGGAAUCUCAAAGAGUCAUACAUUAUGCUUUGAAUGUAAACAAAUUCAUCCCAAACGCUAAUUGAUUCGAUAAAUCUUUUUACUUUUUAUAAAAAACAAACAAUGAACUUAAUUUCAUGGUCACAUUGUUAUACAUAUGUCACGGGUAUAAUUCAUGUCACGUAAUUAUUGAGACACAUUUCAAUAAAAUUAAUAAAUGUUUCAAA